GGUGUGGCUAGAAUAUUUUGUAGGUGUGGCUGAAAAAUCAUGGCAGUUGAGCAGUCACUUUCUCGGGCCCUUGCUUCUUUCCAGUGGCCCUGGCAGUACGAGUUCCCGCCUUUCUUCACUCUACAGACAAACCUGGAUACUAGGAAUAAGCAGAUGGACGCUUGGUGUGAUUUAACGCUAGCAUAUUACCGUCACAUAAAAGCAUUUACAAUGGACGUCAACGAGGCACAGUCCUCACCUUUAUUCAAUAACUCCAAAGCAAAUCGUAAACUUUCAGUUGAUUUCAUUCGUCUAAUACUAGACACUUUAGAAAAGAGAGGUAAUGUAGAAUGGCAGGAUACUUCAAAGAGUCGAUGCUUAAUAAUGUGGCGAUCACCACAGGAAUGGGGCCAAUUAAUAUAUCAAUGGGCAUGCGAUCAAGGUUUAGGUAGUAGUGUGUGUACUUUAUAUGAGAUUCAUUCAGGAGAGUAUGCUACAGAGCAAGAGUUCUAUAACAUGGAGCCAUGGAUGGUAAAGAAAGCAAUAGUAGCUCUAGCAAGGGAAGGAAAGGCAGAGUAUAUACCUGGAACUGCUCCUGAUGACUCUGAUGCUGGAGUCAAGUUUUUUACAUGACAAUAUUAAUAAUUAUUAUUUGUUAUAGUUAAAUUAUCCAUAGUCUAUAAUUAAACAGUAUUAUAUAGCAUCAAUUGUAUUGACAUAUUAAUUAAUUGAUGGUUGACUAUCUACUGCAUGCCAAACACUUCA